AUGCGGUACCUCUUUUCCUUUCUGUGGACCGUUAUCUUCCAUCUUGUUACCGCCGAUGUUGUCGUUUCCGACCUCCUCGUGCGGGCAUCCGGACAGGACAUAAAGAGCGGCCUCGGCCCGAAACUGUCUUCCGGAUCACGGAUUCUCCUGCCAGGAGAUUCCGACUUUCCCCCGGCAUCGGAAAGAUGGCAGGAGUAUGCAAAGCCGACGUUCAGCGCCAUUGUCGAGGUGACUAAUGAGAACGAUAUUUCCGAAACUGCAAGUCCCAGGGACAUUAUAUAUGCGAAUAACAAUUCGAUGCCCUUUCUUGCGCUCGGCGGCGCUCAUGGAUCCAUCACGUCGUUGGAAGGCUUCCAGAAUGGCAUUGGGAUUCGACUCAGCAAGCUGAAGAAUAUUACGGUUUCGGAUGAUGGAACGUACGCGACGAUUGAAGGGGGCGUUACUAAUGGCGAGGUCAUGCGGGCACUGAAAGCCGUGAACAAACAAUCUGCUACUGGUGUCUGCGAAUGCACAGGCUUCAUGGGAGCAUUGUUGGGCGGCGGCCACGGACUCCUACAAGGCCACUAUGGGAUGGUAAUCGACAACGUCAUCGAUUUCCGUGUGGUUAUGGCAGACGGAUCCAUCGUCAAUGUUUCGGAUACAUCCGACCACGACUACUUUUGGGCUCUGCGAGGAGCCGGACAUAACUUCGGCAUUGUGCCUAGCUUACGAUACAAGAUCUACGAACCGGACUACUUACAGUGGAACUACACCAUGAUGGCUUUCAGCCAAGACAAGCUGGAGGCCGUUUACGAGGUGAUGAACAAGAUCACGGCAAGGCCGGAGCAUGAACUCACCAAUGUCAUCAACUAUGCCAUCUGGAUGCGCAGCCCGGAUAUCGACCCGAAUAAUGUCCUCAUAUUUUUUGGCCUUAUCUACCCCAUUCCAGAUGACAACGGCACAACCUUCACCUCCUGGUUUCUGGACCUAAACCCGCUAUCCGUGCAAUCCCAAAUCGUUCAGUACUGGGACCUACCAAAGCUGACCGGCAACGGAGACGAUUCACCCAUCUGCCAGCAUGGCGUAAACAACCACUUGAGGUUCCCAAUCUACCUAGACGAAUACAACCUGACCGCCACCCGCUCCGCUUAUGAUCUGUUCAACAACAUGACUGCCGAGGUCACGGCUUUCAAGGACUCCAUGAUUCUCUUCGAAGCCUACUCGCUCGUUGCAGUGAGGCUAGUGGAUUGGGCAAACUCUGGGUUUGCGUGGCGGGAUACGAAGGUUCUAGUCGCGCCUGUGAUUACUUAUGCGCCCGACGCUGCUCUGGACGACACUGCAAUUAAGUUUGGGAACAGAACGCGUGAGAUUCUCUAUGAGGGAACGCAAGGGACCAGGUGGUGGCCAGUUUUGCGAGUAUAUGUCAACUAUGCGUUUGGAGAUGAGACGCUUGAUCAGCUGUACGGGCAGCUUGGUUGGAGAACAGAUAAAUUGGCAGGUAUCAAGCAGAAGAUUGAUCCGAACAAUCGCUUUAGAUGGUUUGCGCCCGUUGUGCGUUAG